AUGGCUGCUGCUGAGAGCCCCGUGAAGGAUCUCUGCGAUGAAGCCACUUGCUCCAUCUGCCUGGAGUAUUUCAAGGAUCCAGUGACCAUCGCAGAGUGCGGACACAACUUCUGCCGGUCCUGCCUGAUCCAGUGCUGGGGAGGGGGAGCCACACGAGCUUCCUGCCCUCACUGCAGACAAACAGUCCGGCCAAAGAAUCUGAUCCCCAAUCGGCAGCUGGCUAACUUUGUGGAAAUAACCAAGAAGCUCAGUCUUCGGGGGGAGAAGGAGAGAGUCUGUGAAAAACACAAGGAGCUUCUGAAGCUCUUCUGCAAAGACCACGAAACCCCCAUCUGUGUGGUGUGUGACAGAUCCAGGGAGCAUGAACGGCACAAAGUGAUCCCCCUGGAGGAGGCUUCUGAGGAGUACAAGGUAGGAAAUCAAGGUGGAUCUUGAUUGGGGCGCGGGGGGGGGGGGGAAUAACUGUGGAUUCAUUGAGGCUAUAAUGCUUCUGAACACCAGUUGCAUGAAUACUACUUACAUGACUGAUGUUUGUUAUGUAAAUUGCAUGACAACUACUCCCCCCCCCCACCUCCCAAUUCAGAUCCAAGAUGGUAAAAGCCCAGAAAGGUGAGGGCAGAUUUCAGAAACUAGAAGCUAGGUAUCAGAUAUCAAAGAUUAGAACAUCAGAGCAAUUGCUACAUAAAAAGGCUAAUAUCAGGACCACUGGCCACUAGAAAUAGGCAGUAUAUUCAACACCUCUGUGUGUUUGUGCGUGUCCGUCUGUGUGUCUGUGUCUGUCUCAUUCAAACCUGAGCUUUUGUUUUCCCUUUAGGGCUUGAUCUGUAGCUGCCUGAAGAAUCUGAGGAAAGAGAGAGAAACUAUUCUGGCAUACCAAGCAGAUGUGGAGGAGAAAAUCCAAGACAUCCUUGUAAGUGUCGCUAUUAAUAGGAUAGGAAGAAGUACUUGAAGAUCCGAGUCAUGGCUGAGGAGGGAUGGGAAAAUCUGUCUAUUUAAGCUUCGCUCCAUUUCUCAUUUUUCCAAUCUUCAGUUCAGUUCUACACAAUUUCCACAUCAGUUUGCGUGCUGUUGUUGUUUUUUUAAAAAACCAUCCUAAAUAAAAUUCACCAGUAUUCUAGUGCGAAUUUCCAUGUGUGUUCUAUACUUAUUUUGGCAAAGCAAUUUCCCCUAAUAUACAGUGGUGCCUCGCAAGACGAAAUUAAUCCGUUCCGCGAGUAUCUUUGUCUAGCGGUUUUUUCGUCUUGCGAAGCAACCCUAUUAGCGGCUCAGCGGAUUAGCACUAUUAGCGGUUUAGCGGCUAUUAAAGGCUUAGCGGUUUAGCGGAUUAGCUGCUAAAAGGCUAUUAAAGGCUUAGCGGCUUAGAAAAAGGGGGGAAGCGGGGAAAAAAUCUCAAGACUCGCAAGACGUUUUCGUCUUGCGAAGCAAACCCAUAGGGAAAUUCGUCCUGCGAAGCGCAUUGAAAACGGAAAACCCUUUCGUCUAGCGGGUUUUCCGUCUUGCGAGGCAUUCGUCUUGCGGGGCACCACUGUAAUUCAUUUUCUAUAUUAUUUUCAUGAAGAAAUGCCUUAUAAAGCAGGGAAUCAGCAGCCCUUCGACUUUAAAAUAAACAUGUUAGUUAGUCUCUACCAUUUCUAUGAAAUGAAAGUUGCCAGUCUAAACUAAGGAAAGAGCGUUUUGUGUCCACGGGGACUGGCUGAACAUUUUUUAUCUCUGAUUAUGGUGGAUGUUGAUUUCAUGCCUAGAAACAGUCAGACAUGCCCUUCCUAUGGAAAUCUCAUAACACUCCUAAUGUUGUAGAAGCUGACCAAGUUCUUAUUUCUGCCUCCUCUUUUCCUCUUUCUAUCUGCUUCUUGCAGAAAUUAACAGCAACUGAGAGGCAGAAGGCAGUGGAGAAGUUCAGACAACUGCACCAGUUUCUGGAAGAGCAAGAAAAACAACUACUGAAUCAGAUUGAAGAGGCGGAGAAGGACAUUGCAAGGAAAAGGGAUGAGCACCUGACCAGACUCUCCGGAAAACUCUCCUCUCUUGAAAAUAUCAUCAAGGAGAUGAAGGAGAAAAGUGAGAAGCCAGCGAUUCAACUCCUGCAGGUAAGACUGUGGCAGAAACAGUAAAUAGCUCCACAUCAGGGCAAGGUUCCCUGCAAACCUUUAUCUUCCUCCUUCAUCCGUAAAGGGGCUCAGUUUAUAGUGUCUCUAAUCAAGUCUCUUGUGUACAGGAGCAUCCAAGAGAACUGGGAUGGUUUGCUCACAUUACUGCAGACUAGAGAACCUAAUUUUCUGUUGAUGGAAACAGAUGCUGUUUUCUGCCUUUUGCUGAGGAUUUGCCUGCUAACUCCUUCCAGCCUGGCAGUGCUGCCUUUGUGCCCUGUGUUGAUCUUCCCAGAGGCUGUUCUCUGGCUACCUUAGAGCUAAAGAAAAAUAAAGUUAAGGAGAAGUCUCUCUCUCUCUCUCUCUCUCUCUCUCUCUCUCUCUCAGUUCUGUACUGGCAUUUGGGCCUAUUUUAGUCAUGAGCUAGUCUCUUGACCAAAGUUUUCUUCUAUUCCACACCACAGUUUCUGGGGUAAUCACCUUCACCAUGCAUGUAGAUUUGCCUAAAACGGAGCUCAGUAACAUUGACCAAAGAAAGAGAGAGAUAGAGAAGUUGGGCAGCAUGGACUGUCGUCCGAUGGGACACAGAGCAGGGCUUGAAUUUCGGAACUUAAAAUUGGAAAAAUAAAAUUGAUAGAAUGGGCCAGAGGGCAUCCAUUCCAGGAUAUGAAGAGGGUCUUCGUACAGCGGCCUGUGGUAGACAGUGAAAUCCAUUCUCUUUUCCCUUCUAGGACAUGCGAAGGACUUUGCAGAGGUAAGUGGAUCCUGCUCAUUUUCAUUAGCAUCACUGUGUGGAAAGGAAGGUCCCAAGAGGAAAGUAGAUGGAAACUGGUCUUUGAGGGCCUCCUGGGGGAGAGACUGUGGGAUGCCACACCAUACAGUGUUGAAAUUGUGCCCCUCUAGGGGUGGGAAAGAAAAAGCGUUGAGACAUUUCAUCCUUGUUGAGAGUUUGGGUGCGAGUUGUGCCUGGCAGGUUUUUAAUGUAGGUAUCUACUAGCUGGGGAUGCAGGUGGCGCUAUGGGUUAAACCACAGAGCCUAGAACUUGCCAAUUAGAAGGUUGGCGGUUUGAAUCCCCGCAACAGGGUGAGCUCCCAUUGCUCGGUCUCUGCUCCUGCCAACCUAGCAGUUCGAAACACGUCAAAGUGCAAGUAGAUAAAUAGGUACCGCUCUGGCGGGAAGGUAAACGGCGUUUCCGUGCGCUGCUCUGGUUCUCCAGAAGCGGCUUAGUCAUGCUGGCCACAUGACCCGGAAGCUGUACGCUGGCUCCCUUGGCCGAUAAAGCGAGAUGAGCGCCGCAACCCCAGAGUCGGUCACGAGUGGACCUAAUGGUCAGGGGUCCCUUUACCUUUACCUAUUUACUAACUGAUAGCAUUUAAACAUUGGGGAGAUGUUUUAGCCAUAGAGAUUUAGGGAAUCUGAUGAAAUCCUAGACGCUCUUGUGGAUUUUAGGGCUGGCACGGCUGACACUCUUGUCAAGGAUCCCAUCACACACUGGAAUGGCGAGAUGUGCAAAACCUCCUCUACUCUGUGCCCCGUUGUUUUUCUUCACCAGGUAUGAGCAAAGAGAGAGAUUGGAGAAUUCAGCUGCUUUCCCUCAAGAGCUGAAGAGGGGGAUCUUGGAAUUUUGUGACAUAAAUCCACUUCUGGAGGGUGUUGUGAAGCAAUUCAAAGGUAUAGAAGAAUGGCUGUGAUGAUUUUACCCCGGGUGUUAUAUUAGGCCAUAGCUCUCAUUGUAUUCUGUUUUGGCCACAGACAGGGUAGCACAAUCAUCUCUUCCUUCUUGGUGGCAUUGCUGCCACUAGCUUCCCCCAGAAUGCCCCAUAUACAUUGGCUGAUUGACAUCCAAUGCCCUUUUGAAAUGUGUUGGGGUUAUUGGGUUGUUUUUGUUUUUGUCUUGAUUUUGAGUUUUUAUACUGUGUUUUUAUCUUAUGAACAGCUCUGAGACCUAAGGGUAUACGGCGGUAUACAAAUUUAAUAAAUAAUAAUACUAAUUGUCACUCAUGGGGCACAGGGGUGCUGGUGGGAGAUAUAUAGUGGUGCCUCGGGAGUUGAAUGGAAUCCAUUCAACUUCCAAAACAUUUGGAAACCAAAGCGCAGGAAACUCCUGCAGUCAAUCAUAAGCCGCAGAAGCCCCAUCAGACGUUCAGGUUCCAAAGAAUGUUCACAAACACACUUACUUCUGGGUUUGCAGUGUUUGGGAGCCAAAACGUCCAAGUACCAGGGUGUUUGGGAUCCAAGGUACGACUGUAUAGUGGUACCUCGGGAUGCGAACGGGACCCAUUCCGGAGCCCCGUUCGCAUCCUGAAGAGAAUGUAAGACACAACUGUGUGGGUCACAUUUUGCCACUUCCGCGCAUGCGCGUGACGUCAUUUUGACCAUCUGCGCAAGUGGCAAAACCCGGAAGUAACGCUCUCUGUUACUUCCAGGCCGCUGCGGAGCGCAACCCAAAAAUACUUAUUCUGAAGCACAUUUAUCCCGAGGUAUGACUGUACUGUAUCUUGGCCACCGCAAAUAAAGGCACCAGGGUCUAUAGUAAAGCCAGGAUUUUCUACUCUGCUGUUCAUUGGUUUACAAUUAUACAGUAACUUCCUUUCAUUUUUUUGCCCAUCAACACAAUCUGGAGAGGUCCUUUUGGAGGUUCUCAAACUCUGCUUGGGUUUUACCAUCUGGAAGUAACAUCCUGAGCCAUCUCCUCCUUAGAUUUCCACCUGCAGCUGCCAAAUGUAGGGAGGCAACCAUCUUAAUACCUCAAGAGUUCAACUAAAUAAGAUUGGCGACUUAAGUUGACAGAAUAUGCACAACUUGCAGGCUUAACAUAUAGAAUAAGAGAACAAGAAGAACGUACGUUUAGAGAAGAUUGGGAAACAUUUAUUGAAUAUAUGGGAAAUAAAUGUGUACAGCUGAAAACUCUGGCAGCAUUAAGAUAAAUUCAACAGUGUAAAUAAGUUUUGAUGGAUGUAAUAAUGGAAAACUGAUUGGUAUAGUUUUUGUAAAAUAUGCAGGGAUAUAUGUAAAUUGAACCAUGGAAGUAGAAGAAGGGAAUUCCUUGAUAUCUUAAGUAUGUAAAAUGUUUAUCUGAAAUUGUAAAACAGAAAAUUUAAUAAAAAAAAUUUUUAAAAAUAAUACAUCAAGAGUUCCCAAAAUCUUGCAAGAUCGGAGGGUCAGGGCAUGAAUAAUAACAGCCUCUGCCUAAAUGUUUGUUAACAGUCUGAAAUAAUUUCAAAAGUUUGGUAAGGCAGGACCUCUAGUUGCAUGAGAGCUCUGCUGAUUUUUCCUCCACUGUAGGGGUCAGAUGGGAUUACCAUGAGGAAUUAUAAAAUAUACAUCAAGCCAUCGUGUCCACGAUGAAAGCAUUGUGUUGACUGGGUUUGAUAUAUUGACGAUAAUUUCUGAUUAAAUCCCAUAAGAUUCUACAUUCAUGCCCUUUUCAUGCCCUUUUGACUCUACUGCCCAUUUCUCUCUCCUCACGUCACGUACACAGCAGUUGCUUCGCUAGGCAGGCAUCCUGGGCCAUAAAAGAUAGUGGGCAAGUUCUUUGAUGUAGUUUCUUAUAUAUAAUCUUAAAAUGUUAAUCUUGGAGCCAGGAAAAGGAUCUCACAUGAAGGUGGUAGUGAUCUGGUCUUUCUGGCCAUCCUCCUUAUUAUGUGUAUUGAUUGUUUAUUACCUCCGGGGGUUGCCAGAUACUCUUCUUUGUAGUUCUCAACUUAUUUACCCCAGAAAUAUUUGUGCUUAAUUAGUUUUAGUAGUUUAACUUGUCCCCACGUGGGUUUGUGGAAAUGCUCAGAAGAAAUCUGAUUGGUUCUUACGAACACACUGUAAAAAGUUCUUUUGUGAAUAAAAACGGCCUGGGCCAGGUGCUGCGGAGAACGGACAAGCACAGAGAGACACGAUUAUACGCACCCUUCCCAGAGUCUUGCUGGUUCAAGUCUCUGUGUGUAUUCUUAUUAAUCAGAGUUCAAUCCUUCCUUUACUUUGCAAACGCAACACUCCACAAGUUUGAUAUAUCACUAUGUUUAACAGUUCCCCUAAGACAGGGAUAAACCCCAAGAAUACAGGUGUCUAACCAUUCCAACUUCAGCUAUUUUUUCACCAGUUUCAUAGGAGCAGAUGCUAAUCUGCAUCCAGUUGUCCUCUGUGCCCUUUUAAAAGAUUGGCAUUGUUCUGAUGAUCCUUCAGUCCUCCACAACAGUCAGCUAAUUCAGGAACGAACUACAGUGAUGGAUGCUGAAGGAUUUUAAGGUGUUUUUUAAUAUAGUCCCUCACAUGUUUUUCCCCUCUAGACUUGCAGGUUCGCCUUUUCUGAUUUUGAUAGUUUAAUUUUUUUAAUCUAUUCUUCAUAUGAUUUCCUUUUUCUUUUUUUAAAUUGUUUGCUCUACUACUUAGUAUUAAAGACACAAUAGAUGCUAUGGUUAUGAAAUGAUAUUUUAGUAACAAGGUUUAUUUGAGGUACAACACUGUCAUGCUAAAGCUUUGUAUCUUUUUGCUUCUUCAGAUGCCCAGUUACUCAGACAGCAGCUUUGGAAAGGUAAAAUACCAAAUUCACAGGAGAGCCUGGGGAGUGGUGUUUCAUGGGGCUUAAACAGCCUGUCCUGCAGACUUUAGAUCCAUCAAUAGUUUUGUAGCACUAUAGCAAUGUUUAGAUUAUUCAUAUGUACAACUGUAGUUUUUACUUUUUGUAUGUUUUAAAUUACUGUUGAAAUCUUUUUUAGCGAUAAUUUUAUUUUAUCUUUUUUUGUAAACCAGUUUGAGGUAUUUUAAAGUGGUACAUAAUUUUUUGUGAAAUAAAUAAAUUAAUUAAACAAAAAAUGCACAGAAUAAAAGGAGUGCCCUGACAGAUAUAGCAUUAAUCCUGUAAUAAGAUUCAAAACGCAAUAAGGUUCAAAACACCACUACAUUUCUUACACAGAAAAGUCACCUUGUAGAAAGCUCAGUUGCAAAUUAUGAAGUCAAAAUUCACUAUUGUUUUCAUAAUUAUUGAUCCACAUUGAUACCCCUAAUUCUGUCUCCACUUGAGCCAGAAUUAACUGAUGGGUCUAAACUGAUACUGUCCCCUCCUCUAACCAUAAUGAGGAAAUAAAGAUUUUAUGGCUGUUCGCUGCUUACCUGCUUGCCCCCUUGCAGAAAUCCAAAAUGGUGAAAGUGGAUGAAUUCUCCCCACCCCUAAACUCACAUAUUCCACUCUUCUCUCAUACAGAAAAGCCGAGUAAAUGUUUUCCAGACAGUUUUCCUCCUUGUCCCAAACUACCAGGACAGAAUAUAAAUACGUGAAAUACAAAGAACAAACCCCUGAUUUGAAAUCCAAAAGGAAAUGUUUUUAUUGUGAGCAAAGUCAGGAAGCAAAAGAUGGCUCCCCCAAUCCUAAAUGCAGUGCCAGGAAAUCCUGUUGAUUUGAGAGGGAAUGUGCUUCCUGGGGUGUUUCUUGGAUCACGACACCAGGUGAUUCUUCCUCUCUUCUCUUUUUCUUCAUUGCCCCCCUGCCCUUCAACAGCAAACAUCACUAUGGGUCAAAAAGCAGCAGCUCAUCCCUCCGAGGAUCGUAAACAUGUGAAAUGCGGACACAAAAGUCAAGACCUGUUGAACAAUCCUGAGAGACUCAACCUUCUCCAUUCUGCGCUGAAAUGUAAGAGAUUCACAGGAGCCACAUUUUGGGGAAGGAUGGGCUGUGGGGAGUUGGGAGGUGAGUACAGGACCUCCAACCUGCCUGGUGGUCCUCUGCUGUCCCUGAAUGGGAAGCCCAACUGAAUCUGAGUAACUCUGAAUUAUGGAGGGAAGGUGUUUUUAUUUAAUGCUGAUCUGUGCAUUUUCAUUCUCUGGUGUGACUCUCCCCCCCCCCCCCCACACACACUUUGACUGUGGAGAAAUAAAACCCACCUCAUAUUUGCUUAAGUCUUAUAGAUUUGAGAGGGAAACUGGUUCCUGGCAUCUGUCUUGGAUCAGAGGUCCUUUGGCUGGAUCAGGACAAUAUGGGAUUGGGGGGGCAACUCCCAUCUCUUGCGGGGGUGCAAUUAGUGCCAGCACCAUCCAUUAAGAGUUUGGGUGUAAUCUUCGACACCUCCCUUUCCAUGGAGGUGCAGAUUGCAGCUAUAGCAAAGGCGGCAUUUUUUCAUCUCCACCAAGCUAAGCAGUUGGCUCCUUACCUUUCUCGUCGUGACCUAGCCACUUUGAUCCACGCGACGGUCACCUCCAAACUUGAUUUUUGUAACUCACUCUACAUGGGGCUGCCCUUGAGACUGACCCAGAAACUCCAGCGUGUGCAGAAUGCUGCAGCGAAACUCCUUACGGGGUCCUCGCUGCGGGAUCACAUUCACCCGGUGCUAUACCAGCUGCACUGGUUCCCGGUGGAGUACAGGAUCAGGUUUAAGGUGCUGGUUUUAACCUUUAAAGCCCUAUACGGCCUAGGACCCUCGUACCUACGGGACCGCCUCUCCUGGUAUGCCCCACAGAGAAACUUACGGUCUUCAAAUAAAAACAUCUUGAAGGUCCCAGGCCACAGAGAAGUUAGGCUGGCCUCAACUAGAGCCAGGGCUUUUCGGCUGUGGCCCCGAUCUGGUGGAACGCUCUGUCACAAGAGACUAGGGCCCUGCGGGACUUGACAUCUUUCCGCAGGGCCUGCAAGACAGAGCUGUUCCACCAGGCCUUUGGCCAAGGCACAGUCUGACCCCCUCCUUUGGUAAUCCUCACAGAACUCUAGCCCAAUGGUUGCCAUUAACUGAUUCUGAAUUGUUUUUAGAAUGAAUUGAUUUUAGAAUGUAUUUCAAUUAAUUGAUUGUGAUUUUAUGUAAACUGUGUUAUUUUUACUGUUGUUAGCUGCUCUGAGCCCAGCUUUGACUGGGGAGGGCGGGAUAUAAAUAAUAAUAAUAAUAAUAAUAAUAAGGAUCUCUGUCUCAGCUCAUUCUGCCUCUCUUCCCUUUUCCCCACCUUCCCUCACAACAGCAAAUGUCACUCUGGAUCCAGACACGGCUAAUCGUAUUCUUGCCCUCUCCGAGGAUCGCAAAAGCGUGAGGUUGGGAGCCCCGCGUCAAGACCUGCCCGACAACCCUGAGAGAUUCGACACAGUUAUUUCCGUGCUGGGAAGGGAGGGAUUUGAAGCAGGCAGACAUUUUUGGGAGGUCAUUGUAGAAAGAGAGGGAGAAUGGGCAGUGGGGGUCACCAGGAAGUCAUUGAGGAGAAAGGGCUCCUUUCACUUAAGUUCUGAGGAAGGGAUCUGGGCUGUGGGGAGGUGGGGAGGAGAGUACAAGGCCUUUGACCCGCCUGAUGUCCCUUUUCUCUUCCUGAGAGGGGAGCUCAAGAGGAUCCAAGUGUUUCUGAAUUAUGAAGCAGGGGAAGUGACUUUUCUCAACGCCGAUUCAGGAGCCCCUCUCUACACGUUCUCAGGAGCCUCAUUCUCUGGAGAGACCCUCCUCCCUUUCUUCUAUCUGUGGGGAGAGAAAACCCACCUCAGAAUAGCCUGA